AUGUGUCAGCUUUGUUUUGAGUGCCCCUUUACAAUUGAUGUGUUCUCUUACUUGGCAGAUAUGUUCAAGUGGCCUUCGCUCCCAAUUUGGAUGUCGUCUAUGGAGCUUUCUUCCUUUCUGUCCACUUUAGAAGUGUGCCAUUCUAAGCUUCCUUUAGCAGAUCUAACCCAGUUCAUCUUUGUUUGGUGGCAUGUCUGGUCUUUUAGAAACAAAGUCAUUUUCAGUAAUGAAAGCACUUCCUUUAUGCAAGGCAGUUUUAUUAUUAACUCCUUUGUUAAGAAUUGGGACAAAGCUUCCGGUGCCCGAACUGAAGAGUUGCAUGUCCACCUUUUCGCCACCACCGCUAAGAAGCUUCCUCCUUGCUCGGGCCCAAAUCUCAUUUGGGCUCCUCCUUCUGACAACUUUUGCAAGCUCAACUUUGAUGGCUCUAAAGUUGCUAAUAUUCAAGCUUCUUAUGGGUUUGUUAUUAGGAAUAACCUUGGUGAAGUGUUGAUGGCCUCUGUUAAGGCUCUUGGUGACUGUCAUAAUAUUAUUCUGGCUGAAGCUAUGAGCAUGUACGAAGGCAUCAGUGGAGCUAUUUCCCUUCGCAUUAGUAACUUAAUUAUAGAAGGCGACAAUCUUACGGUUAUUAAUUCUCUUAAGCAUCGUUUUAAGCCUCCUUGGCUUAUUGCUAACAUCAUUUGUGAUGCAGAUAUUCUUCUGGACCGUUUUGAUGCAGUGGUAAUUCAACAUUGCUUUCGGGAGGCUAAUCAUACUGCGGAUUUCAUGGCGCAUAAGGGCCACCUAUUCCCAAAUGCGUUUUUUUGGUCUCCUCCCUAUUGUAUUGAUUUCCCCUUCUAA